ACUCAACCAAAUUUAUUAACUCGUGACUUACCGAAGAAUGAGGAGAAUGAAGAAAACCAUGAGAAUGGAGACCCAAUCAUUUUAUCUGAACCUGGUAAAGAACCUGUUGAAAUUCCCACUUAUCCAACAUACCCCCCACUUAUAAACCCAGGAAUCUACGAUUACAGUCGCAAUGCGCCAUAUAAAAUAGACAUUAAUUCUGAAUUAAUGAAAAUUUACCGUGAUAUCAUAACUGAUAAUUAUGAUUCAAUAAUAAAUUUAAUUGACCAAUCCGGUUUAAUUAUUUUACCUUAUGAAUCAUUAAUUCACAUUAUCGCCAUUCUUUGUGAUGUUCAAGAUUCAGACGUGAAGAUUCAAUUUUUCAUAGAUGAUGAGGUUUCAUGCUGCGGAACAGUUGCAAAAAUAAAUCCUAUAAAGGAUAUUAGCACAAUUAAGAUAUCAAAGAACGGAACAACAACUGAACUUCAUUUAACAUAUAAUGAUAUUUAUAAUAAAAUAGUUGAUGAAUAUAAAAUAUCACUUGAAAAAUUCUUUGUUAAGGCUAUUUAA